GUAAUAGGGAGAGUUUGCUAGACGAUGAAAUUAUGCAAGAAUUACAUGCAGAUACGCUGUUACAUGUUCCAAGUGACUGUGAAAGUGACAAAAUUAGUAUUGAUGAUGAUGAUGAUGAUGACGACGAUGUGAUGUUGGGCCCUCAGCGUCACAGGAAGACAGAAAAGGGGAGCAAUAGAGGUUAGAGAUUCAAAUGUAAACAUUGAUGAAGAUAAUGACGUUGAUGAUGGUUGAAAUAAAAGUAAUGAUUUAAGAAAUUUAGAACAGUUUCAAGGUAACAUUGCUCUCACAUUUACACCCAAUGGCCUUAUCAGUUUUUCAGAAGUAGUGAACCGCUUCCUUGGAAAUGAUUUUCUAGAAAUUCUUAUAGAAAAAUCAAAUGUAUACCAUUCUCAAUAUGCAGACAAACACAAAAACUCCUUAAGGUCAUUAGCAUGGAAAGAUGUUAAUAUUACAGAUAUGAAGAAGUUUCUUGCAAUAAUCAUUUUCACGAGUCAUGACAAGAAGUUUAAAAGUACAGAUUAUUGGAGUACCAAUAAAUUAAUUAAAAAUCCAAUUUUUGAUAAGCUAAUGAGCAGAAACAAAUUUGAGCAAAUUUGGAACUUUUGACAUUACAGUGACAAUUCCACCUUGGUUGAUGAAGAAGGCUGUACAAAAUCAGUAUAAUUUUAGAUAACCUGACUGAAAAUUCUGGAAACGCUACAAACCACUACAAGAACUAUUGCUUGACGAGUCGAUGACCACAUGGCGAGGGUACCUCAGGUUCAGGACAUAUAACCCUGGUAAACCCAGUAUGGACUACUGGUCCGUACUGUGUGUGAGGCCACUAUAGGCUAUAUUGUCAAUAUGGAAAUACGUGUAUAUACCGCAGAAGGCAAGAAACUAGCAGAGAUCAAAUUUUCUGUCCCGGAAACUUAACCUCGGCCAAUGGCACCAUGUUUACCAGGAUAACAAUUAUAAUAGCGUUGAAAUUGCAGAAACUCUACUCCCACGGAAGAGAAGAGUUUACGGAAUAAACAGGGCCCAUAGUGGAAUUACAAAGUCAUUGGCUGACUUCCGUAAAAACUACAAAUGGUUGACACUGUCUGUCCUCGAAGAGGGGACGUUCUGCACAUCUCGAAGGAUAAGAGGGAGGUUCGCAUGAUUAACACAGUAUAUAAUGACACAAUUGGAGAGGUCACCAACAAAUUUGGAGACAGGAUAAAAGAGCCAACCUCUGUAAUUCAGUACAACAAGUUCAUGAAGAGUGUCAACAGAGCAGACCAGUCUUUAUCAUAUUGAACCAUAAUAUAAAAACAUAAGCUGAACCAAAAUGUUCGUGCCUUGGCUUAUCAGUUGUGCAUUAUGCAAUUCUUUUCGAGUAUACAAGUUGGAGAACACAGGACGAAACAUUUCUACUAGAGGCGGCAGAUUAUUGGGCAGGAAUGACCUGAGGAGAGACACAUGAGAAAGAUGACGUAGAAGCCGCUGGUGAAGAUGAUCCUAGCUCUCCAACCCCCCAUGCACCAAGAAGAGAUGGUGUUGGGAGACCAUCGGGAGACAUGAAGAAUCACCAACUUCAGGCAGUUGUAGGAGCUGGAAGAAAGAACUAUCCACAGAGACCCUGAAGAGUGUGUGUGGCUCACAGAAAACGUAAGACGCCAGAUAUAUCAGCAACACACGAAAAUUCCCCCCUGCAUCAAAGAGAUUCUUGAAGUACCACGCCAGGAUGAAGUACUAACAACUUUGGAGGUGCCUUCAGAGGAGAAUAUAAUUACACGCGAUGACAUCUCGGAGAGAGCUGAUUUCCAUUAGUGACCGUCUGUGGCUUCAGCAAGAGGGAUAUAUUAUUGUAGGAGCACGUGAUCACUAACCCACCGGAAGUAACGUACACGAAAUUCGCAAGUGCUUUAUCACCAGAUACCACCGGAUGUAGACCUCUCUAUAUCCGCUCACUAAUCAAGUACUGCAAAGCAGCAAGUGGGUGUGUGUUGGCAUAAUUCCGUAGUUUGUAAAUCUCGUUGGUGCCAACAACAACUCAGUCUCCAAAGGAUGAAGUGAAGUAUACGUUCUGUUCAAGAGAAUUGUUUACCGAAUUUUGAUGUCGAAAUAAGUUGGCUAUAUGUAGCGAUGUGAGAGAUGGUACAUGUCAGAACCCUUGCCAACUAACAGGUCAUCGAAGUCUGUAUUACGGCGAUGAUGCGUUCAGCUUUAAGAAUCGGGUGUAUAGAGUGGAAGUGGACUUACAGUGUCACUGACUUUAAAAGCAAAGUUCACAAUGUGUUGUAGUAAUUCAGUGAAGUGUACGAAGUAGCAAAAUCAGGAAAUGGUUGUAGUUCUGAGAUGAAGAAAUGAUGGAUGAUGUUGACUCGGAUAUGAGCUUUCUCUCGCGAUCGAAAGACAAACAAUCAUCAUCACUGACGAUGUUAACAACGAAGGACAUUGCAGUGGAAGAUGAUGAUCUAAGUCACAGAAGCACUCGAGCGUUCAAGAAAGAACUGCAGUUACACGAAGCAGUCAUCAAGAACGACACUGACGCCGUCAGACGCGUCUUGAGAGAACCGCUUGACGUCAAUUCACGCAACAACGCUAACAAGUGGAGUUCAGAGGAAUGGGCAGUCACGCGGUCCGUUCGGUACGGGCGUGCGCCGAUACAUUGGGCCUCCUCGCGUGGGAAUACGGACAUCAUGGAAAUGCUUAUCGCAUCGAAGUGUGACAUCGAAGCCAAAGACAAGUAUGGCAUGCGACCCAUUCUAAUGGCGGCCUGGCAUGGACAUAAGGACGCCGUCCAGAUGCUCAUCAACUGCGGCGCCAACGUCGUCGCUGUCAACAAGAAGCACUACACAAUUCUGAUGUGCGCUGCUCGCAACAACCGCUCUGAAGUCGUGGACUUCCUGCUAGACACGCUUGAAGACAUCAGGGUGGACACUGUGGACCUUGAACAGCAGACCGCUCUGUACCACGCCGCUCUGGGUGGACACGCAGGGAUAGUACGACGCCUGGUGGAGGCGGGAGCGAAGACUGAUGCCAGGAACAAGCAAGGGAGGACGCCUUUGCACGCCGCCUGUGAGAAAGGUCAUGUGGAAGUCGUCGAAUUCCUGUUGCGCCAUGACGCGGAGCUAGACGCACGCGAUGAGGAUGGGAACAGCCCUCUACACACGGCAACGGAAAAUCAACAGACCCAAGUUGUGCAGUUACUCCUGGACAAUGGCAGCCAGCCAGACGCAGAGAACAUGAAAGGAUAUACGCCUCUGCACGUAGCUAGCAGCAAGGGAUCCAGAGGCAUCAUCGAAGCACUGGUGCAAAGUGGAGCUUCCCUCAAUCGCCAGAGCAAAAAUGGGAAUACGCCCCUUCACUUGGCGUGCCAAUCCAACGAGACGCAGACUGUGGAACUGCUCAUAGCGAAAGGAGCAGACCUCAACGCGCUCAACGUGAGACUUCAGUCGCCCAUCCACAUUGCAGCCGAACAGGGCUACACGGACUGCUGCAAGCUCUUGUUGGCGUCUGGUGCCAACAUCGACCAGAGAGAACAGGGUGGAAAGACUCCCUUGUACAUCGCGGCUCGGGGUAGCUUUACCGCGAUAGUUGAUAUGAUCAUCAAGACCGCUCGGUUAGACUACCCGACGCCUAACGAAGAUGGCGGGGCGGAAAAUAACCUGAAUGUGCUCAACACGGCGCGUCGGAAAUGGCGUCUCAGUGAGUCGCGUGGCUCAACUUCAGGGACCAUGCAGCCCGACGCCAAUGAAGGCCUGAGAGAAAUUUUGUUUCGGUUGGCCUACAAGCAAUUGGCUGAGGGUGAGUGGAGGCGCCUCGCACACCACUGGGCCUUCACUGGAGAGCAGAUCAAAGCGAUAGAGCAUCAGUACACAGGUCCCUCCAGUUACAAGGAACAUGGCUUCCGCAUGCUGUUGAUCUGGGCACAUGGACUUGGGCCUGAAGUGAAUCCAGUUAAAGAACUCUAUGAAAGCCUUACUGCUAUUGGCAAAAAAGGUGUUGCUGAUACACUGCGAAAAAAAUUGGAUGAGGAGAAUCAGGGAAAGUACAAGAAGGAGAGAAGAAGAUGCAGUGCUUGCAGUAUCACAUAGCCUCCAUUUAUCCUUACCACUGGCCUUCACGUUUUGCCAUAGAUAUUAUCAAAUUCAAACUGGAACAUAACGUGGUCUUGGACAACUGGGCACCUCACAGCUUCUGUCAUAUCUGGACAUUGAAAUCUGCAUUCUCCCAACCUUCCCUACAUUGCACUUGUUCGUUGUGCUUUGUACACAGAAAUGUGCAUGACAUACCCAACAUAAAUUGACAUACGUCUUACUAUAUCCGCUCUAACUGUCCAUCGAACAUAUCAAUAUAGUUGCAUUUUGCUAGAAUCCAAUAAGAAAAGAAAUUCUUUCAUUCCAGCACAAUGUGUCACGUAUACAUGAUACAUUUUGUACUUAAAUUAUUUGUAAAGUAUCUUAUUUGAGAAUAAUGCAUUUGCAAAGAAGAGUCGUCUUCCUUGUCAGCCAAAUGUGAAUGUUUGUACUACAUUAUGUGCGAAAAUAUAUAUAUGAUAAAAGAAGAAGAAUGCUUCUUGAUUGUUCCUUACACACAGUUAAAAAAUGAAGACCUAUAAAAAUGGCACUUAUACUUCAAAAAAACUAAUCAGAUCACAAAACACAGAAAGCCCCACAGUCUGCCUGAGUGCACCUAAUAGAUGUCAGGAAGACAAAUGAUAAACUGGUACCCAACAU